CUUGUACCCUAUCCCUGGCCGCAGCCUAUCCAACCAUAACAAACCUCUCCUUCCCUAGGCUUCUUUCCCUUAAAAUAAAGACAGGCCACAAAUGGGUCCAGGAUAAUUGUUCAGGAAGUUAGCAUUUCAGAAUUGUUAUUUGCUCAACCAAUGGAGUAUUUGAUCAGGCAAACUAACAGGGUGAGAUUUGCUGGACAACAAGGCGUAGCAGGUCCUGGCAGCAGCAAAGAAAGAAGAAUUCCUUCCCAGAAAACCCUAUCCUUCAAGGAAGAAAAGAAGAGACCUCAGAACUGGUUCCGGAGACAAAUUUCUUGGCAGAUGAAUCAAGAUUAUGACUUGGAUGGAAUAGAUCGAGCAACUGCAGUAGCAGCUGCUGCAUGUGCCAUUUCAUCAUUGGAAGAGUUCAGCAUUCCAGAACAGAAACAGAUAAGCAAGGCCACUCAACCUUCUUUUACCCGAAGUAAGACCAAAAAAGAAGGUCAAGAUUCAAUGAGAAUUUCAGAAAUCCCAGAUGAAAAAACACCAGCGAAGGUUGUUGGUCCUACUCCAUCAAUGAAGAGGACUCCAACUUUUACUGAAAAGCCUGCUGUACCGAUGAAAAAAAUUCCGACUUUUGCCGAAGAGCAGUUGAGAAGAACCGAUGAAAUACAGCCUGAAAGCCUAAAGCCAAAAACUGAUAUGCCUGCCACAACUAAACCUCCAGUUUCACCGGCUAAAUUUGACAAGCAGACUCCAACAAGACCCGGAAUAAGAGGAAGAGAAGCAGAUGCUUGGGAGAAAGCUGAGCUGGCUAAGAUAAACAAGAAGUAUGAGGAAUUGGAAGCCAGAAUACUUUCCUGGGAGCACAAAAAGAAGGCCAAAUCCAGACGACGACUGGACAGAAUAGAGAGUGAACUGGAGAAGAAAAGGUUAAAAGCCUUGCAACAAUUUCGCAGCGAGGGGGAUGAUAUCAAUGAGAUUGCUGGAGGAGCAAGAUCAAAGGCGAUGGAGAGUAAAAGAAAUGAAGAGUUGAAGGUCAAAGAGAAGGCAAAUAAAAUUGGGGUAACAGGAAGAGUUCCAAGGACAUGUUUCUGCUUCUGAAUCUAACUAUUGUAUAGCUUUAUCUGUCAUGAGGGAAAAAACAGUAAUCUUUCUCAGUUAUUAAAUGUAAAUAAGCAUUUCUUGCACAACUCUGUAUGCUAAGUUGCAUUCAUCACAAGCAAUGCACAGAUUUUCUUUUA